CCUCCAGCUUCGUCCCUCGGCUUCAGUCUGCGCUUCUACAAACCCCGAUGGAGACGCGGGGUUUCUGCUGAAAUGUUGCCCGUGGAGCAUGGGUACGACGGCCAGCGCGGCGUCACAAAGCGUUUCUUCGGCCCUCGGCGACAGUCACCACAGCAACGACAUGACGGACAGGCGCUCUCUAAGCUCCUCCCCCUUCCACACCGUCAGCGUCCACUCCGGGAAAGCCAAGUCCAUCAUCACCAACAAAGUGGCUCCAGUGGUCAUCACGUAUAACUGCAGGCAGGAGUUCCAGAUUCAUGAUGAUAUCCUCAAAACAAACUAUAAAAUGGGCCGGAUCUCUGACACGAUGCCUGAACAUUACCUGGUCCAGGGGGAGUGCUUCAUGGUCCAGGACGUGUUUAUCAAAGCCGACGUCUUAAAAACCACUGCGAGUUUCGGAGCCCCAAACUUCCGACAGGUGCAGGGUUCGUACCCGCUGUUUGGGAUGGGCCAACCCAGCCUCAACGGGUUCAAACACGUCCUCCACAGACUCCAGGCUCAAGGGCACCAGGAGGUGAUUUUCCUGUGCGUCCGAGGGGAGCCUGUGCUGUUCCUCCACAAAGACGACGACUUUGUGCCGUACACUCCGAGGAGAAAGGAGAACCUCCACGAAAACCUGCACGAGCUGAAGAACAAACAUCUGGAACAUCUGGAGAAGGACGAGGCUGUGGAACAUCUGGAGAGCAGCAUACGAAAGGAGCUCUGUGACUUUGCCAAACUCAAUGAAAACAUUUUCUUUGUUUACAACGACAUCGAGUUUUUCCGAGACGAGCCUCAGAAAAUCUCCAUCUCGUCUGAAGAAGACGUCCAUGUGACCGAGGAGGUGUUCAAGAGGCCGCUGUUCACCGCACCCAAGUACAGCUACCACAGAGUACCUCUGCCCACCGAGGGAGCGCCGCUGGAGGACGAGUUUGACGCCUUUGUGAAAAUACUCAGAGAGAGUCCGAGCCUGUCCCCCGUCUCCAGACGCAGUGGUCCGGUCCGUCCUCUCCCCGCCCUCCUCUUCAGUUGUCAGGUCGGAGUGGGACGAACCAACCUGGGGCUGAUCCUGGGAACGCUGAUCAUGAACAGACUCACGGCCGACGCUCGCGGCGACAUGGAAGCUGAGACAAACGGAGCUUCAGAGACAAAACCACUUUUCCAAGUGAUUCAGAGCCUCAUCAACAAACUGCCCAAUGGACAGCAGCUCCUGCACGAGGUGGACCAGGCCAUUAUUCUGUGUUCACAAAUGCACAACAUAAAAGAAGAUAUUUAUGAAAACAAGAGUAAACUGGAGGCGAUCGGAGACGACUACGACAUGCAGGGAAGCAGCACUAAAGAUUAUUUUCUAAAGAGAACGAUGCAGAGCCUGGAGAGAUACUUCUAUUUGAUCGUCUUCAACGCCUACCUCCACGAGCAGUGUCCCGUAGGCCUGCUGUCCUCCUUCAGUCAGUGGAUGCGUUCUCACUCCUGGAUCUACAGACUUUUAUCAAACAUGAACUUCUCUGAGCUCAGUGUUUCUCCAGAACUCGUCACGAAAGGAGCCAGAGUCCUGGUUUCAGAUUCGUUCUUAGCUCCAGAUCUGCUGAGCACAGUCAAAGAGAUGAAGGCGGCGAACUUCAGACGUGUGUCCAAGAUGCCCGUGUACGGCAUGUCACAGCCCAACACGGAGGCGUCUGCGGCCGUCCUGUCUCACCUCACAGACGACAAGAGGAGGCACCGUCACCUCCUCUGGAUCAAUCUACAGGAGGAACUGGUCCUGGAAGCAAACGCCCAAAUCUACUCCGUCAGAGAAGCCACCAACGUGGAGCAGAAGAUCACAGUGCCCUCUACUGACCCGGAGGUACUGCAGACGCUGGAGGAGGCCCUUAAAGAGGAGGUGUUAGGAGCGCAGAAGUGGCUGGAGGUGACGAUGGAGCAGGACAAACAAAUGAAGAUGUUCAAACACGUCAGAACCAUUCAUGACAUUUUCAACGAACACAAAAGAUCUCACCAAGGCCUGGUCUACAGACGAGUGCCCCUGCCCGAGUACAGCGCCCCCAGGGAGGAGGACUUUGACCGUCUGCUGGAGUCGAUGAAAAGUGCUUUAGCUGAAGACGCUCACUCUGCGUUUGUGUUUAACUGUUCAAAUGGAAAAGGACGAACAACCACGGCCUCGGUCAUCGCCGUCCUCACACUGUGGAACUUUAACGGUUUUCCAGAAAUCACAGACGACGAGAUCGUGAGUGUCCCCGACGCCAAGUACACGAAAGGAGAGUUUGAGGUGGUGAUGAAGAUGGUGCGUUUGCUUCCUGAUGGACACAGAAUGAAGAGGGAGGUGGACACGGCUCUGGACGCCGUCAGUGAAACGAUGACCCCCAUGCACUACCACCUGAGAGAGGUCAUCAUCUGCACCUACAGACAGAUCAAAAGUGCAAAGAGUGAGCAGGAGGCUGAGGAUCUGCUGCUGCGGAGUCUGCAGUAUUUAGAGAGAUACAUUUACCUCAUUCUGUUCAACACCUACCUGCACCUGGAGAAGAAGGACUCAUGGGGGCGCUCUUUCACACAGUGGAUGGAGCAGGUGGCAGCCAGAGCCGGAGUUUACGACGUCCUCGACGCUUUGGGCUUUUCCGAGUUUGAAAACCCUCGGGACUCGCCAUUGGCCAGACUCCGUCACCGAUGGCAACGACAGGAAGUGAGAUCACUUCCUGUGAGAGGCCAGUUCAUCUGAAGAGAGGGAGAGAAAGAGAAGAGAGAGAAGAAAGAGAAGAAAGAGAGAAGAGUGGGAGGGAGAAAAGAGAGAAGAAAAGAGAAGGAGGGAGCGAGUGGGGGCGAGAAAAAAAAGAGAGGGGGAGAGAAAGGAAGGGAGACAGAGGGAGAGAGAUUGAGAGAGGGAGAGAUCUUCUUCUUCUUCUUCUUCUUCUUCUUGAACCUGCCUCUCUCUUUGUUUGUUUGGAAUUGAAAUGUUUUUUAUUCUGUUUAGUUUAUUUUUUUUGGCUCUAAAAAGUAGUUUUUGGACUGUGUAGUUUAAAAUAUUUCUCUUGGUUUUAUUUUGAAAAAUCGUUUCCGCUGUAGAUCCGCAGAAUGUUACAGUUUCAUUUAAAUUUUUCUCUUAAAAACGGCAGAAUCAUUUGUUUAUAACGAGUCCAUUUUUUAUGCUGUUUUAAUUUGAGUGGUUUUGAAUGUAAAGCUCCAUAUUCCUCUGUUCUCUGAUCUGUCUCCACAUCACACAAACUCCUGGACGUCUCAGAAACUCAAAACACUCUGUUCCACCUUGUGAUGUCAUCAUGUGGUGAUACAGGAAGUGCUCCGCUGUGUUUUUAAACUCCACCUUCACUAGAAUCAUCUGGAUCAUUUCAGUCCUGGAGUCGUCUCUUAUCUCGACUGAACUAAAGGUAAAAGUGGGAGGAGUUAACAUGAAAACUACCACUUGAUGACAUCACAAGGUGGAACAGAGUGUUUUGAGCUUUAUAGAUGUUACAGACUAAUAAUAAAGUGUGACUGAAACGUGUGAAUGAAACAAAACACGACUCCAGUGUGUUUUUGAGGGCACAGUUUUAUAACAUGGAUUAAAGCUGCAGUUUUGUGUGAUACAGCUCCUUUAAAAUGUUUCUUUUUUAACUGAAACUGUCAUUUCUUAGUUGUGUUUUUCUUGUUGAGAUAUUCAAACGGUGAUGGACACAGAUGUGACUCGUGUCAGAACAGACUUGAAAAUGUGCCGUGUUUUUAGAAAGAAAAAAAAACAUGACCUUUAAUUUCUAUAGUUUUUUACAUUUUUAUGCUUUUUUAAAAAAUGUGUUUUUAGUUUGUGAUAUUCUGCCUGUCCUGACGAUAAUUAAACAUGGACCAAUCACACGCCUGGCUCCGCCCCCUCAUUCAGAGUGUUUAUGU